AUGACGGGGUACAACAAGGUGAAUUGUUAUGAGUGCGACGUGUGUGGCAAGGCCUGCCGGAGCCCAAGCAAGGUGGAGAUCCACCGGCGGGUUCACACGGGCGAGAAGCCCUAUGUCUGCUCCACCUGUGGCAAGAGCUUUUCCUGGUUGUCGGGGCUGCGGGAGCACCAGCGGGUGCACAGCAGUGAGCGGCCCUUCACCUGCUCCGACUGCGGCAAAGGCUUCAAGUCACCCAUGCAAUUGAAGGUGCACAGUCACCUGCACACCGGGGAGCGGCCCUACACCUGCAACGACUGCGGCAAGAGCUUCAUCCGCUCCACCUAUCUGCUGUCCCACCAGCGUACCCACCGCGGCGAGCGCCCCUUCACCUGUGCCCAGUGCGGCAAGGGUUUCACCCGCUCCGACAGCCUGCUGGAGCACGAGCGCACCCACACCGGCGAGCGCCCGUACACCUGCGCCCAGUGCGGCAAGGGCUUCACCCGCUCUAACCAUCUACUGGAGCACCAGCGCACCCACACAGGCGAGCGCCCCUACACCUGUGCCCAGUGCGGCAAGGGCUUCACCCACUCCAGCAACCUGCUGGGACACCAGCGGUCCCACACCGGCGAGCGUCCGUACACCUGCACCCAGUGCGGCAAGGGCUUCACCACGUCCACUAGGCUGCUGGAGCACCAGCAUACUCACACCGGCGAGCGCCCCUACACCUGCGCCCAGUGCGGCAAGGGCUUCACCAGCACCUCCAAGCUGCUGUCCCACCAGAGGGUGCAUGCCGGCGACCGUCCCGUUCCCAGCCCGGUGUGUGGAGAGCGCUUCGCCAUGGCCUCCCAUGCCGUGUCUCACCAGCAUGUGCACACUAGUGGCCCGCCCUACGACUGCCCGUACUGUGGUGAGACGUUUGAGAGCUCGCGGGGGUUGCGCCAGCACCGGCGGACCCAUACCGGCGAGCAGCUGCUCCCACUGUGACAAGAGAGCAUGGGGGCUGCGGGACC